AUGGCUGCUUGGCUUGAUCUCGUCAGCGAGAAUGAAGUAUGCAAUUUAGUGGAUACCAACCGGUUGGAAGAACUUGUGCAGGAAUUGCCCUAUCCAAAAUGGCAAUAUCCGUCCCUGCUCUACUUUACAGGAAAUUCAAACCGCAUGAAAGCUUUGCGAGCUCUGUUCCCCUACAACAACAUCACACGCAAAGGCCCCUCUGGCUUGAUUCGUCUUCAUCUCAGCACCAAUACCGCUCACACACAGAGCCCUGUGUUGUUUGCUGAAAGCAGUUUAAACCUGGAACACAGCAUGGGCGACUCGAAAUGGCUCAAGCAUUCAACUACAAAGCAUCGAAGCUUCUCUAUAACGGGCACAGAAGGGCUGUUGCCCCCUGCAAGGCUACAACAAGAAGUGAAGAGGGAACUUGUUUUACCAUGGACCCAGGUCCUGUGUUUGUUCCUCGAUUCCGCCGCUGACAUUCAGGCCGCAAGAAACUUACUCCAACAACCACGUCGACAGCUGACCAUUGGCGACGAGGGUAUUCCGGCUCCCACGCAGAUAGUCAUUGUCUUGACCAACGGCAAGCAUACAACAAAAGCAUUCACACAAGAAUACGCACAGCUUGAAAAGACGAUCAAGACCGGGACAGUCAUGAUUCUCGAUCUCAGUCCACGUAGCGGGCUUUCAGACAGCGUCGCUUUUGCGCCACUGGAAAGCUUGAUCCUCAAGCAACUCGGUAUAGUCCAGGCCGAGCAGCUAUCAGCUUGUCGGCGGUUCUCAGCAGUUCACCUCAGUGCUUUCUGGAACACUCAUGUACAAAUUCACCAAAGGCUGCUCGAUGCACCGCCAUUUGAUCUGUUGGAAAGGGCCCGAAGGGGCUAUACGAAAAAUGACACGAUGGGCGAUUGUCUUCGAGAGGUCAGCCACCAUAGAAAAUCCGUUAGCUGCUCAAGGGAGGACUUUGAUGACCUUGUAGCUACGGCUUUCUUGAUGGAUGCCUACCCCCCUGGAAUGCAUGGUUUCUCGCCCAUCUUGGUUUUCGCCGCAAUUUAUGAGAAACUAUGUCUCAGUACCUGGGACGCAAAGUUCCAGGGCCAUAUUGCUGGCAUUUCAUUCCGCUUCGUGCAAAGUUUCGGGCAGUUGAGCUCUGUGAGAACUUCAGCAGCCAUUCGAAAGGAGACGUUGCAUCGCUUGUAUCGCCGGUGUGGUGGUCUUCGCUCCACCACUACUUGCUUGGUCUGUCUGUGUCGACCCCCGGAGCAUAUGCUCCCCUGCAAACAUGCAAUAUGUGACACCUGCGUCGUGAUCUUCGGAAAUCCAAGUUCGCUUGGGGAGUAUCAUUUCGAGGUCACUCAAUGUCCUAUCUGCGACGAGAAGUCCAGCGUCACUGUCCGCCAACUACCUCCGACCAAGCAUCCGGUGAUUCUCAGUUUAGAUGGCGGUGGGGUGCGCGGUCUGAUUCAACUAGGCCUUCUACGGGCUUUAGAAAGGCGCAUUGGUGUUCCAAUCGCGUCUCUGCCGGAGCUGUGCACUGGAACUAGCGUAGGCGCAUUAUCCGCUAUUGACAUCAUUCUCAGCCAAUCUUCGGUCACUCAAUGUUUCAAUGCAUUCACCGACCUUGCGCGAAAGAUUUUUCGUCGUACCUCAAAUAGCCCAGUUCCUCGCUGUAUUCGGUGGUUGGCCUCGGCGUUCAACUUGACCACAGAUGGUCUUUAUGAUUCCGAUGGGCUGUCACAGAUUUUCAAAGCAGCCGUUGGCCCAUCUCGCCGCAUGUUCGAUGUUGCCAUGAAUAGCUCUGCGGGUUGCCGGGUCGCUAUUGUGGCAAGCCGCACCUCCGAUGGCAAAGCCUGUAUCUUGGCCAAUUAUCGGGGAGCAAACCCGCGUUCCACGAAUGCAGCCUAUCUAUUUCUGGCGCCACACGGCGAUUGGGAGAAUCCAUUUUUAUGGGAAGCAGCUAUAUGCAGUGUUGCAGCACCCUUUUAUUUCCAGACCAAGAAUUUGCCAGGCCUUGGUCUCUUGCAGGAUGGUGGGGUCCGGGCGAACAAUCCGCUAGCCAUUGCUUUGCGAGAGUCGGGCAUCAUCUGGCCCAUGGCGAAAAGGCACGACCUUCUCCUAUCUGUCGGAACAGGGUUCUCCACAAGUACCCCGAGUGAUCCAACCGGAUUUCUUGGUCAAAUUCGGGAGGGUGCUCUUCCUCGAAUGUUUCGGGCCAUGAUGUCUUCUCCCUCUAUGGAUGGAAAGCAAGGGUUUUUGGAAGCUCUCAAUUAUCUUCCCCAUUCGUCGACACCCGAUAUUGUCCGGCUGGACCAGGCCAUCGAUGGUACAUUGCCAGCAUUAGACGAUACGUGCUCGCUGGAAAAAAUGUCAAAUAUAAAUUUUGCAGUCCCAGCUGAGCUUGUGAGGAGCGUUCUUGCGUCGGCCAUGUUUUUCUUUGAGUUAGAUGAGUCUCCUGUCCAGGGCAAUGCUUCUUUUUAUUGUCGGGGAUCUAUUCUUUGUUCACGACCGAACCCUACCGAGAUCGUGCAGCGAGUUCUUGUCGAGUUCCCCGGCGCCAGGUUUCGGUCUAAUCAGGACCACGAUUUGGGAAGCAUAGGUCCAGUCGACAUUUGCCAACUUUGUGGAUAUUUCAGAAAGCGCGUUGCUUUUCGGGUCACCAGCCUUGAGGAAAGGGUCUCAAUUGAGAUUGCCAAUGAUACCUUUCGCGAAAAGAUUGGCGGCUUCCCCAAAUCGACGCUAGAAUUUCUCGAUGAGCAGAAGGCUUACGCUCAGUUUGGACGUGCAGAUCAUCAAAGCCUAGAUUGGCCGCCACGGAGAUCUUGUUACUGCUAUCGUGGGUCAAAGCGACUAGUCCAUUUCUUGGAGCCUGGUGUUGGGCAGAAAAGACGGCGGCUGUGA